AUGACUACCGAACGCUCUCAGCUGACAUCAAGGGUGAUUCCCUCCAUCGUUCUCGGCGACGGGGCCCCAGGGACCCUGUCGGCGCCGCCCCCGCCCCUUGCACACAAGGACGCCCGUUCUAGGGCUCUGGAGCGAUUCUCGGUCGCCGACAAUGCUAUUGUGACGGGAGCGACAGGCGAUCUCGGGUUCACUGCCUGCCGCGCCCUCCUCGAGCACGGCGCCAGCGGGCUUGUGAUGUUCGACCUCGACGAGACGGAGGGUGCGGUCAAGGUCAAUCAGCUCAAGGAUAGCUUCCCUGAAGCCAAGGUCGAGUUCAUGAAGGUCAACGUCACGGACGCGGCGAGGGUCAACGAGGCUGUCCGGGAGACGGCCAAGAAGCUUGGGUCGGUGGAUGUGCUGGUGUGUUUCGCUGGUGUUGUCAGCACCGUCCACGCGGUGGAUAUGACCCCAGAGCAAUUCCGGGUCAUCGUGGAUAUCAACCUCACGGGCUCUUUCCUGUGCGCCCAGGCGGCUUCCCGGGUGAUGAUCGAGCAGAAGAAGCGAGGGAGUAUCAUAAUGACUGCCUCGAUCUCCGGUCACCGGCCCAACUAUCCCCAGCCGCAAGUCAGCUACAAUGUCUCCAAGGCUGGGGUCCUAGCCUUGAAGGACUCUUUAGCUGCGGAGUGGGCGGUCCACGGUAUCAGGGUGAACACAAUUUCUCCGGGCUACAUGAACACUAUUCUCAAUGAGGGAUCGAUGCUGGACUGGCACAAGACCCAAUGGUUUCACAAGCACCCCAUGGGACGCAUGGGCGAGCCUGAAGAGCUCAUGGGGGCGAUUGUUAUGCUGGCCAGCAGGUCUAGCACAUACAUAACUGGAGAAGAUAUCAGGAUUGAUGGGGGCCAGAAUCUCAUGAUGUGA